CGUCAGGAAAGAAGGGUGAAAUGCCUAGCAGCGUCCAGGUUCCUUCAGAUCCCGCAUGCUGGGUUCACAGACCAGGAAACUGAGCACCCCACCCCCGCGGCGGGGGGUGGGAACACAGGCACCAUAACAAACGCACGUGCGCCCAGCCCUGGGCUCCCCGAGCAUUGCACACCCUUAGGAGCCGCCCUGCGGAACCGGCCAUUGUCUCAGCUUCGGGGUAGAGAGCAGCGCGGGGGGCGCCCUUGCUGGAGGAGGUCGACAGAGACAUUAAAAGGCAAGGUAGAGCCAAUUGUGCAGAGCUGUGCAACCAGCAGCCCAGAGAGAAGCAGCUAUGAUGCCCAGCUGAAGUGAUCUGGCCUCCUUGAGCCUGCCCCAGCCCUGGUGCCAGGUGUCUGUCCCAGCACUGAGGAGGAAGGAGAGGCGCCAGAAGGAAGCAGAACACUGAACACUGUACCUGUGGAAGGCGGUGCCAUGGAAGGCUGUUGUGACAAAUUAUCAGAGAAUGUGGCUGGCAGUGCCAAAUGCCAAUGAGUCACUAACUGGUGCUGCUGAAUCUGGAGCCUCUAUCCUUCCUCCACACCCCAUGCUUCUCGAGUCUUCACGUGGACUGAGUGCUGUGAUGCCAGAUAUUUUUUCAUCAUUCUGAGAAAAAUGAGCAGUGGCCUCCAGAACCAAUAAAGCAGAUACCUUUCCCAUGAAGAACAGUGCUAGAUCCUGAGGACCUGUGUGGGCCUGCAGCCCCAGGGGGAUUAAUCAGAAGCAGGCUUGUUUUCCUGCUCAGAACAGAGUUGCUCCCUUGAAUGCGUCUUUCAUUAUGAUUCACACCACCUUGAAGAAAAAAGUCAGCUGCUGUGUGCUGGCCUUUCUCCUGUUUGCAGUCUUCUGUAUGUGGAAGGAGAAGAAGAAAGGGAAUUACUAUAAUUCUGUUAAAUUGCAAACCAAGGAAUUACAGGCAAUGAGUCUGGAGAAACUUGCCAUGGGGUCUGGUUCCCAGUCUGCACCUUCAAGCAAAUCCCAGGAUCCCCACAAGGGAAGCCAGACCCUCGGCAGUCCCAGGGGCCUGGCCAAGACCAAGCUAGAUCCCUUCUUCCAGGUGUGGAACAAAGACAGUUCUUCCAAAAACAUUAUCCCCAGGCUGCGGAAGAUCUGGAGGAAUUACCUGAGCAUGAACAAGUACAAUGUGUCCUACAAGGGGCCAGGGCCUGGUGUCAAGUUCAGUGCAGAGGCCCUGCGCUGCCACCUUCGGGACAAAGUGAACGUAUCCAUGGUAGAGGCCACAGAUUUUCCCUUCAAUACCUCUGAAUGGGAGGGUUACCUGCCCAAAGAGAGCAUUAGGACCAAGGCUGGGCCAUGGGGCAGGUGUGCUGUUGUCUCAUCAGCGGGAUCUCUGAAGUCCUCCCAACUGGGCAAAGAAAUAGAUGAUCAUGAUGCAGUCCUGAGGUUUAAUGGGGCGCCUACAGCCAACUUUCAACAGGAUGUGGGCACAAAAACCACCAUUCGCCUGAUGAACUCUCAGUUGGUCACCACAGAAGAGCACUUCCUCAAAGACAGUUUGUACAAUGAAGGAAUCCUAAUUGUGUGGGACCCAUCUAUUUACCAUUCAGAUAUCCCAAAGUGGUACCAGAAUCCUGACUACAAAUUCUUUGAUAACUACAAGAGCUAUCGUAAGCUGCAUCCUGAUCAGCCCUUUUACAUUCUCAGACCCCAGAUGCCUUGGCAGCUGUGGGAUGUCAUUCAGGAAAUCUCCACAGAGGAGAUUCAGCCAAAUCCCCCAUCCUCUGGGAUGCUUGGUAUCAUCCUCAUGAUGACGUUGUGUGACCAGGUGGAUAUUUAUGAGUUCCUCCCAUCCAAGCGCAAGACUGAUGUGUGCCACUACUACCAGAAGUUCUUCGACAGCGCCUGCACAAUGGGCGCCUACCACCCGCUCCUCUUUGAGAAGAAUAUGGUGAAGUACCUCAACCUGGGCAAAGACGAGGACAUUUACCUGCUUGGAAAAGCCACACUACCUGGUUUCCGGAGCAUUCGCUGCUGAGGAGCCCUCACGCUUCAUUGGGCAUUUUACAGCCCAUCUCUUGCCACCCUGGGCCUGGGGACACCAUGUUCCUGAACAAUCCCUGCCUGCUCCUUCCACUCCAGGCCUUCUGUCAGCAAGAGCCCUAUGCUCCAGGAACCCAGGGCAAAGAACUGCCCUAUGGCCAUAGAUGUGUGUGAGCCCAAAGCCUCCUGCCACACAUGCACACACACACACCUAGCACUCUUUCCAGACAGAGUCCUCCCCUCCUUCCACAUGGGUAAAUGCAAGACCCACCUUCCCUACCAGGGCUGCCAAAGCUGGGCUGUUUUUUUUUGCCUGAAGGGUGUUAUUCUCACAAAUCAGCACUCUAUUGCUUGAAAUCUGCACCUAGACAUUGAUUUCAUGCUUUAAACAAAUUAUCUCAAGUUAUGAUUGUGCCUGGUGAAGGCUGGCUCUGGGGAAAGGGGGGCAAGUAAGUGGUACAGGGUAUAGGAAACAUGCUGCUCGGUUCCUCCAGAACAGUGGUGCCCCUAAGGUCUGUGACCCUGGGACAGGCUGUGUUCCUGUCAUGCAGGCUGGUUUGGCUGGUCCUUAGCCUGGGUGCUUAUGUGCAAAAGGUCUUGGCGAACUCACGUUCCUUUCCACAUGGAGACGGAGGGGCAGAAACGUACAGUCCCCAUUCUGAGGUUGCUCUCAGUUCAGUGGGAGUGACAGACACGUGGGGUGCAGAGACCUUAGUACUCCGGGGGCCUGGAGAGGGCUUGCUCUGUGGUCUGCCGGUGCACCCGGAGAGGAGAGGUACACACUUCCUGUGUCUGUGGUCCACAGGGGGCUUCACAGAGCUAACUAAGGUCACAGAGUGGGCUUCAGAGGAAGAAGAGAAACAUGCCAAACAGAUUUUCCUGGAGUCAUUUAAGUUGUGUUUUCCUUCCUGCCUUGAUUACCCAUAUUUAUUCUCUAAGGCCUGCCUGAAUUUACAGGCUCAAAUUAUUUUUUGAUGAAAACCCCAAUCCACAUUUGAGGGAUCGAGUGCAGACUCACGGCAGAUUCCAGACAAGAAUGUUGCCAAAACCCUAAUUUCUCCAGGCUCAGCUUGGUUGGCCCUGACCCUGUCCUACUAGCUGGGUUUGUACACUGUGUUCACCUUUUCUUUUUUAAUGCCCACUCCCACAUCUCCCCUACCUGCCAUCUUGGGUUCCCCCUUUAAAGUGGUCUUUUCCCUCCCAGGUUACUACUAAGCAUUUUUUCCCUUAGGAGUAUCCUGACCCAAUUUCUUUGACCUUCAUGGGCCUUCUGUGAAAGGUCUCUCAGGGAGUGGGGAUGUGAUUCCCCAGAGCUUAAAGUCGCUCUCAGAGGUCAGAACCUUAGAGACUACGACUAAUUCUCACUAGGUGGAUCAGAUGGCCUUGCCCUCUGUCUGUCUAGUGUUCAGAGAGGCCCUACCAUGCACCAGGUCUUGGCCUCCAUGCUGGAGAUAGAGCUUCACAACAGAAGCCCCUCCACUGCACUGCAGACAGGUUUUCUAGAUCUACCCCAGGCCAUGGACCCAUCAGUCUAUGGCCUGUUAGGAGCCAGGCCACACAGCAGGAGGUGAGUGGCAGGGAGCAAGUAACGCUUCAUCUGUAUUUACAGCUGCUCCCCAUCACUCACAUUGCCACCUGAGCUCUGUGUCCUGUCAGAUCAGUGGUGGCAUUAGAUUCUCAUAGGGGCACGGACCCUACUAUGUGUGAACUGCACAUACAAGAGAUCUGGGUUGCAUGCUCCUUGAAAGAAUCUAAUGCCUGAUGAUCUGAGGUGGAGCUGAGGCAGUGAUGCUGGCAGUGGGGAGCAGCUGCAAACACAGAUUAUCAUUAGCAGAGAGGUUUGACUGCACAGAGACCAUAAUAAAUUGCUUGCAGGCUCAUAUGAAAACCCUAUCAAUGAGUGGCAAGUGACAAUUAAGCUGAAUCUGGUUGGAGGUUAUAAAGCCAUCCCCACCACCUAGUCUGGAAAAAUUGUCUUCCAUGAAAGCAGUCCCUGGUGCCAAAAAGAUUGGGGACCGCUGAGGUAAAGAACUCACUCAACAUUACUGAGUAAUGCUGUAGAGCCAGGCCUCCUAGCCCCAGGCUUCUGAACUUGGGAAGCUGGACCCUCAUGCUCAAGGUCCUCUACUGUUUGAGCUUGGGACCAACAUCCUGGGAGGUGGAGUACUCAUCUAUGGCAAACGGCUGGGCUUUGAGAGGCAGUGAACAGAGCCUGGAGCAGGAAGCCCUGGGUUUUCAAACUGAAGUUCCCCUGUUCACAGCUUUGCCACCAUGGGCAAAUUCUCCUGUCUGAGCCUGUUUCUACAUCUGUAAAGUGGGGGCCAUGGGCCUAUUUCACAGGGCUAUGGUGAGGGUCACAUGGAACACCUGCUCUGACCCCCAUUCCUGGCACCUGACAGGUGUUUAGUACGUGGCAGUUUCCUUCCUCCCCUUUGUAAGGACCUGCUCUGUUCUCACUCUUGGGCAGCUCCCUGCUUUGAAGGAGGCUAGAACUGGGGCCCUGACCUUAGGUAAUUAAGUGUCCUACUGAGAGAUGACAACUGUUUUGUUUGGAACACCCAGGAAAUUAUCCGAGGCAGUGGAUGGGGCAGAACAUGCCCCUCCUCCUUCCUGCCUGCAUCCCAGUUCUGAUUCUGCUUGGGAAUGGGGGAAGGAGUGCUUGAACCGCUAAAUGCUGUGGGAAACUUGUCUUGUCUGCCUCUUGGGGUCCAUGAGUUCUUGACUUGCUUUUUAUUCUUAGUUGAUACACUCAUUGCAAUCUUUGAAUCAUGAACAGGGAGUGCAGAGGAAGGUGUCAUUCCACCAGCAGGGAUGGAUGUUGGUGUGGACACUGAGACAACACUGGGUAGAUUCUAGCUUUUAGUUAUUAAUAUAAGGGGUCAAAUUAAUUUAAGUGUAAUUCUGUGCUCUCUAUAGACAUUGGUAAAAUGCAAAUAUUGUUGGUCUGUCAAGAUGUUUAAUAUUUGUCAUAGAUAACUUAAAAAUUAGGAAAGCCUCUGUUUCUAAGUGCUCAUCUCUUCAUCCUUUUUCAUCAGAUACUCCAAUCCUCUCACCAAUCAGAUAGCUAUUGACAUAGUGUGGAGUUGAGACAUCAAUCUCAGCAACUUAUGAAAAAUGCCUAAGCUAAUUCUGAAUCACCCAAAGAUUAUGUAAAAUUUUAAAAUAAAUGUGUGUUUUUUAAAAAA